GAAAACGGCGGGCACUGGGGAACUGGGAGCACCAGGGAAAGGGAAAACCGUGGGCACCGGGGAACCGGGGGUACCGGGCAUCCGCGGCACUGGGGAACCGGGAGAACCGGGGAAUUGGGGAGCUAUGGGCACUGGGAAACGGGAAAACCGUGGGAACUGGGGAACCGGGAGCAUCGGGCAGCCGCAGCACCGGGAAACUGUGGGCACCGGGGAACCGAGAAACCCUGGCACCGGGGAACCGGGCAGCCGUGGCAUCGGGGAACCGGGAGCACUGGGCAACAGCAGCACCGGGAAACCGGGGGAACAGAGGAGCCGGGAGCACCGGACAGCCGCAGCACGGGGGAAUCGGGAAACCGGGAGCACCGGGGAGCCCCAGCACUGGGCAGCCUCGGCAGUGGGAAACUGGGAGCACUGGGGAAAGGGGAAACUCUGGGCACCGGAGAGAUGCGGCACCGGGAAACCGGGAAAUUAGGGCCACCGGGAAGCUGUGGCACCGGGGAACCGGCAGCACCGGGAGCACUGGGGAGCUGCGGCAGCGAGGCACCGGGAAACUGGGGGCAGUGAGGAACCGGGGCAGUGGGCAGCCACAGCACCGGGGAACUGGGAAACUGGGAACACCGGGCAGCCGCAGCACCGGGAAACCACGAGCACCGGGGAGCCACGGCGUCGACUUCAAGAUGAAGACCAUCGAAGUGGACGGCAUUAAGGUGCGGAUACAGAUCUGGGACACGGCAGGCCAGGAGCGGUACCAGACCAUCACCAAGCAGUAUUACCGGCGGGCACAGGGCAUCUUCCUGGUGUACGACAUCGGCAGCGAGCGCUCCUACCAGCACAUCGUGAAGUGGGCCAGCGACGUGGACGAGUACGCGCCCGACGGCGUCCAGAAGAUCCUCAUCGGGAACAAGGCGGACGAGGAGCACAAGAGGCAAGUGGCCAAAGAGCAAGGGCUGCAGCUGGCCAGGGAGUACGGGAUGGACUUCUACGAGACCAGCGCCUGCAGCAACCUCAACAUCAAGGAGUCCUUCACGCGGCUGACGGAGCUGGUGCUGCAGGCGCACCGCAAGGAGCUGGAGGGGCUGCGGGGCCCCCCCCGCGCCCCCACCUUGGCCCGCCUGGAGGAAGAGGAGCAGCAGCCCCCCGGCAGCGAGGACAGCCCCAGAGCCUGCUGGUGUUGAAGCACGGGCCCCCCCGCUCCCCGACCCCC